UUUGUCAUUCUAAAUCACAUAAAUUCGAGUAGUAAUGUAAAUUCAAAAACAAAAGGUAAAAAAACAAUAUACCAAAAUAAUUUGACAUCAAAACAGCAAUUUGAAAAAGUGAAAAAAAAAAAUUCUGUUUUUGUUAGACAUACAAGAGUGGUUGAGUGCUUUGUACUAACUUGAUAGUCCCCAUCUCAAUAAUAUAAAACUACCCUCACUUUUGUAUCUAAGUACAAGAAAACAGAGUUGCAGCCAUGGAAAGUUUCCAAGGCUACACCAUACUUUUUCUGGUUUGGCUAGUCUCCACCAUGCUUGUUCGAGCCAUGUUGAGCAAAAAUAGAACCAUGGUUCGUCUUCCACCGAGCCCAUUCGCUCUUCCAAUCAUUGGACACCUUCACCUCCUUGGUCCAAUACCACACCAAGCUUUCCACAAGCUCUCAAACAGCUAUGGACCCUUGAUUUAUCUCUCUCUUGGCUCUGUUCCCUGUGUUGUGGUUUCCUCCCCUGAAAUAGCCAAGCUGUUCCUUAAGACACACGAAGCUUGGUUCUCAAACAGACCCCAGUUGAGUGUCCUUGAACACCUUUCUUAUCCCUUAACUGACUUUACCUUUGCACCGCACGGACCUUACUGGAAGUUCAUGAAGAAAUUGUGCAUGUCUCGGCUUCUUGGUGGCCAAACACUUAAUCAGCUUCUUCCAGUUAGGAGUGAAGAAAUAAAGAGAUUCUUGAAGCUGAUGGGCAAAAGUGCCGAGUCAAAGGAACCAGUAGAAGUUUGUAAGGAGCUAACUAAGCUUACAAAUAAUACCAUAACAAGAAUGAUUAUGGGGAAAAGGUGUUCUGGCGAUGAUGAUGAUAAUGGCCGUAUUGAAGCUGAGAACAUAAAGGAGCUGGUCAAGGAGAGAAACCAACUUGUUGGGAGAUUUAAUUUGUCCGAUUUUUUUUGGUUCUGUAAAACCUGGGAUUUGCUAGGAUUUGAGAAAAAAGGCAAAGGGUUUCAUGAAAAGUUUGACUCUAUGAUAGAGAAGAUCAUAACAGAGCACGAAGAAGCUAGGAAUGUGAGAAAGGGAAGAGAUGACAUUCAAAAGGACUUGCUUGAUAUUUUGCUCGAUAUAGCAGAAGAUGAAGAUAACAAGUCAGAUAUCAGAUUAGGGAGAGAUAAUAUUAAGGCAUUUAUUCUGGACAUAUUUGUAGCUGGUACAGGGACAUCUGCCAUAACUAUAGAAUGGGCACUAGCAGAGCUGAUAAACCACCCAAACAUUAUGAAAAAAGCAAUAGAAGAAAUAGAUAGCAUAGUUGGGAAAGCCAGACUAGUAGAGGAGUCAGACAUUGUUGACCUUCCAUAUAUUCAAGCUAUAACAAAAGAGACACUGAGGCUUCACCCAGCUGGGCCACUAAUACUCAGAGAAUCAACUGAAAACUGCACCAUUAAUGGAUACUAUAUUCCUAAAAAGACCCGUGUGUAUAUUAAUUCAUGGGCUAUUGGUAGAGAUCUUAAGUAUUGGGAAAAUCCACUUGAGUUUAAACCAGAGAGGUUCCUAAGUGAAGAUGGGAGUGGAAUUAUCAACCAUCUGGAUGUGAGGGGACAAAACUUCAAUCUUUUGCCGUUUGGGAGUGGAAGAAGAGGGUGUCCCGGAACUUCACUUGCUUUGUUGAUCAUUCAAACAAGUCUUGCUUGUAUGAUUCAGUGCUUUGAGUGGAGGAUUUUUGAAGGGCUUAAUGACAAGGUUGAUGUUGAGGAGGGACCUGGGCUCACUCUUGUUAGGGCUCAUCCCUUAAUUUGUGUUCCAGUUUCUAGGUUCAUCCCUUAACUUGUUUGAGGGAUCUGUUAAUAAGGAAGAUUACACAAUAAUUCCUGAACUGCAUUUGGAGAUUUACUAUUGUAAGUUGCAUUUUUUGAUAAUGUGCAUUAGUACUUCUACAAAUAUUGUUCACAAUUUUGUAACAAACAUGUACUUUUUUCAGAUAUUAUUAAAAUUAUUGCUCACAAUUAACUCAACCGAAAAAAAAUGUGUA